UCACAUCUGUCACGUUUGUUGACGUGUUGCGAUUGUUAACCUCAAACCGCCAUCAUAGUAGCACGCGACUGAAACGAAGCGCAGCGUGUUGUGUGUUAGUGGAUACAUUAGUCCCGAAGCAAAGAAUACUAAAAUUUACUCCAAAAAUGCCACCCCGGAAGAAAUCAAUCGAACUAUCCACACAGGAACUGAUCGAGGUGUACGGUUGGGUGAAAAAAUUUAACCUGUCAAAGGAAAUUAAAAAUAUUAACCGUGAUCUCUCGGAUGGAGUACUUGUGGCGGAAAUCCUGAAACACCUCUACCCGAAGCUGGUUGAGCUGCACAACUACACUAGAUGCAAUGCCACGCGCAACAAGCUGGACAACUGGCAGACGCUUAACCGGAAGGUGUUCCGCCGGUUGAACAUCUAUCUGGACGAUGACAUGAUCGGUGAGCUGGCUAGUGGAAGCAACGGCAUGCUGGAGGUGUUGCUGUACGAGGUGAUGGCAAAGUAUAGCUUGGAAACUAAUCCACGCCACCAGUUGGAUGAACCGGGAGGAAUGGGUGCAGAUUGACACGGUGACCUAAAGAGAUGUGACCUCCAAUAGUUAGUCUUUGCGCGAGUGGUGUAUAAAGUAGCGAUUUAUUUCCAA